AUGGCACCUCAGUCAACCCAGUCGAUUCACAUAGUAAUGUUUCCCAUUAUUGUAUUUGGCCGUGUCAGCCCAUUCAUACAGCUUUCCAACAUGCUCUCCUACCAUGGUGUUCGAAUCUCAUUUCUCACAAUCCCUGGAUUCAUUCCGAGGGUCCAAAACUUACUCACUCCCUCACCAAAUAGUCGAAUCAUUCCCCUCCACAUCCCACCAACCAUUCUAGGUCUCUCCCCUGACGUUGCCGGAACAGCCGAUCUACCACCCUCUGAAGCGGUCAAACUCAUCACAAUCAUUGAUCAUACUCAACCCCAGAUUAAAUCCAUCUUGGCAGACCUCAAACCCCAUUUUGUGUUCUUCAACUUCGCUCAACAUUGGCUUCUCGCUCUUGCUUCUGAGAUCGGAAUCAAGACUCUGUACUUCUCAGUUUUCUCCGCAAUUACAAAAGCCUACAUGUCUGUACCGGAGAGGCUCACCGCCGUCGUGGGACAUGCGAUCACCCAAGAAGACCUUACUGAACCUCCGUCAGGGUUCCCCAUGAAGUAUUACCAUGGCAACCGUCUAAUCAAAACUUUCGAAGCCCGAACCUUUUUGUUCGUGUUUGAACUCAUCGAAGGAAGCCCAAGUAACUACGAUCGAGUGCUAGAAGGCAUGAAUGGUUGCUCCGCCAUUGUUUAA